AUGGAGAUGAAAGCGAAAUUAAGGGCAAAAGUCCCUCGAGAGCAAAGGAUCGAGGCAAAUAGGGCACAUAUGAAGGUGGAGCAAGAGAGAGCAAAAGCGUCUAGGAAGGAAAAGAUAUCCGCCAUGGCCGAAAAACUACAGGAUAGAUACAAUUCAGAUGAAGAUUAUAAGAACUUACACGAUCAGGUAUCAAGCUUCUUCGCAUAUCGUUUAAAAUCUGAUAUUCAAUCGUUGAAUUCCGGUGAUUCUACCAAAAUCAGUUUAGCUGCAAAAUGGUGUCCUAGCGUUGAUUCCUCUUAUGAUAAUGCUACACUGAUUUGUGAAUCAAUUGCUAGAAUGAUUUACCCUAGAAAUUCCAAUCCAGAAUUCGAUGGUAAAUCUGAUUUGAAACAAUCAGAUUCAUCAAAGGAAAAGGAAAAGAAGGAUGAUGGGUCCCCUGGUGCAUUGACGGUUUUGCCACUGUAUGCGAUGCUUCCUGGAUCUGCACAGCUUCGUGUGUUUGAGGAUAUGAAGGAUGGAAAUGACGAAUCAGUCUCUGUUAGGUCAGUUACUGAUGCACGCCCACAAGGUGCUUGA